CUCAGGUGGUCGCCGCCGGGGGCCCAUCUAUAUCAGCGGCCCCAUUGUGUCGAGCGGCACUAGUAGUUGCCGCCCGGGCACGGAUACGCUGUGUUGCCGUCUCUGCUUCCGCAUAUCGAACGCCGUCGCGCCUUCUCGUACACCUCCCGUGCUCUGCUCCGCUCAGUGAUCCCUUCUGUUGCGACUGCUGCCAACGAGCCACCACCAAACAUGGUCGUCUCCAGAGGAGUUGUCGUCGCCCUGGUGGCAUGUCUCUGCCUGCUGCUGAGUGCUUCCGUGCACGCCCAAGAGGAGGGAGCAUCUAAGGAACCUACUUCUAGCACGGCGCCCACGGAAGCUGCUGAUUCGAGUUCAGGGGCAACGGAAAACACGACCGCGCCGCAGGCACCAACGUCGGAGGCAGCGACAGCACCCUCCACUGUCAAGGUGGCAGAAUCGACGGCGGCACCGUCGACGACCGCAAAGUCGGAGGAAUCGAAGCCUCCUGUGACAACUACUACAGCCGCUCCACCCACGACAGAAAAGGCUACCUCUGCAACUUCCACUUUGCCAUCUUCCCCCUCUGGGCCGGAAUCCGACAGCCAGGUUGCCAACAACACGAACUCGUCGACGACAGAGAAACCUUCGACUACGGCCAAACCGGGUGGAAACGACGCCUCCAAAGGUGCCGCGCUUUCUGUGGCGACGCUGCUAUGCAGCAUGGCUCUUCUGUACCUGUAAGCGCCGGAGUCAGGUCAACAAUGUCGAUCUCGACAUUCGGGCGGCACGUCACUCAGCGCGGGAAAGGAAGAUUACGUGGCGUACCACCAAGACGGAAAUCGGGGCAGCAGACAAGGACAGAGCGUUCUUGCGUACAAACACACGAAAGCAUUACACCGCAAAAUUGACCGACCUUCACGAUUGCGCAAACGGAAUAAAUGUGACAUCAAGGCUUGGGUUAUGAACAAAGGUGCUCUAAAUAGUAAUCUGCUAAAAAAAACUCCAGCUCAUGAAAGAAAAAAAAAAAAAUAAGUAUACAAAGGACAGAAAGGCCCUCUUUCCGUUUAGAAAGUCCGCCACGACAGGUCAGAGGCCUGCUGGCGUGGUAAACGUAGAGGGUAAUUUUAGCUUUCAAGGACAUCGCGUUUUAGCUUGGCACGCGAACGAGGAAUCUGCCAGGGGUCCAGUCGCCCCCUUCUUUGUUAUUGGUAGCGUGCGGGGGACGACAAUAGUAGUGGAAGUGUACUGCGUUGUGCAUACAUGGGUCGCCCCUUUAUACCAGGCGAGUCCGUCCUUUUCGAUAUAGAUACUUUUGUUUAGCUCCAAACUCUUUCUCGCGAAUAAAAGCCUAUUUCCGUCCAAAUGGUGGUAACGUCGCGUUUGUCUAGUCAAGAUCUAAUGUGCAAAAAUAGAAGAAAAAAAAGUAUAAAAAGCAUCGAUGAAAUUAAUUUACGAUUGGUAUUUGAUGUCGUAAGUUUAGACAGGUGCUCCUGAAACAAUCCUUUCUAGUUUGAGGCACCGCUCGCUCUAGCUGUUGCAGUUCGCUGAACUUUAAUAGACGCGUAACAUAAUUUGGGGCCGGGGCAAUGAACCACUGCGGAACGCAAGUUCGUCUGCUUGCUUUGCAGGGGUUGCGUUGAUGUCAGAACGAUACCGAGCUCUGAUUGGCUCCGGUUGGAAGGAUAGUGGGUAGACCUCGAGGCUUCUAGCGUUGAGGUCUAUUCACUAUCCUUUCAAUCAGAGCCAAUCAGAGUUCCGUGUCGUUUUGACGUCACCGCAACCCCUGCGCAAGGAGCAGACGACUUUCUCUCUGCAUGCCACCGAGUACGCAAGGCCGCGCAUGGCGUCAUCAUUGUGGCAUCAUACGCUGAAGCUCAGCGAGAGUACGCCGCAAAGCGGCACACGCGUGUCUUGGCGUCGUCGCGUGUCAGCGUCGCGUUCGUUGUGAGAUGCUGCGAGACACGCUAGCGUGUCUUGCAGCGACGCUGACGUGAGCUAGGUGGCACUGCGUGGAUCCACAGGUGGUGUUGUAUGGGGAGGAAGACGCAUGCCUCGUCUUUUGGGUUGAAUUGACUGGGCAGGCAGGCGUCUAUAUUUUCUAUAGCGGGAGUCGUGUACAGAUAAGUGGAUAGUUGCAUGUGUACGACUGACGGAGAGUUUUAUAAGCGCGUGCGAUGAAAUAUAUGCGAAGCAAAAUAUCGUUGCAGCGUCGCGAUGUUUGUAUAGCAAACAGUUCAAGCUCAGGUUCAGGUUCAGAACCAGCGUCUCACCCCGCCCCCCCCCCCCUCCCCAAUUUUUUCGCCGUAAAACAAUUGUAUAGAAAAUGCCGUUUUAGGACGCGCAGUAUUCUUCCGAGUAUUCGCUCUAAAAAAACCAAUAAAUCUGUGCACCCCGUGAGACUCAAACAAUACGCACUGUAUAAACACAUUGAACUAUGCGGCAACACACGCACACUACUUUUCAAGCUGUGUCAGCUUCGCACUACCUAUAUCGUUAUCUCUGUUUUCGUUCCUAAGUUUCUGCAAAACUAUUCUGUCUCUCGUGGCUACGAAGAAAUUUGUACCAGUGAUGUUGUCUUGCGUUUUUCUUUUCAAUAUAUGCGAGAGUUUAAUAAAGAUGUUUAACACGUUCAG